AUGCAGUUAAGUUCCAGUUGUGCGAGUGCAGAACGCGCUCUCAAUCGACUUCGCAUUGAAUUGUGUGCGCGACUUCUUGAAAAUUUAGAUAUUUGUGACGACCCCUUACCCCCUUCUAAUGAAGAACAUCAAAAACCCGUCCAUUUUCCUGGUCGUUGGUUGCCCCCGAAGUAUUUUUAUGAUAUGUUCAAAUCUGAUUCCGCCUUUCUUGUUGAUGCACGUCCGAGGGAAGAUUACUCUCGUAAACGCAUAGUUGGAAUCCCACAAAUUAACGUUGGAGGCGUUAUAGUAUCUGGCCUAACCAUAACUUCUCUGGAAAAUAGAUUGAAUCCUGCUCAACUCUCGGAAUGGAAUAUUCAUAAAUCUGCUAAAGUAAUCGUCCUAAUGGAUGAAGAUACGGGACAUGAACUUAUAGAUAACCUUGAUGACGCAGAAAAUUUUCAACUUCCUUCAAGAUGCCCUCUGAAGAUAAUAUACGAUGCCUUAGUUACUUAUAAUGCUGAGAAGACGGCAAUGCCAUCCACUCAGUUUCUCGCUGGCGGUCUGGAGGAAUUCGAGAAGCUCUAUCCCACUUCAGUUGUCAUGUCCUCCUCUCAUCAAUCAACUUCGAAAUCUAAUCUGCUUUCGGGAAUCAAUUACGGUAGUUUAGUCGAUGAUGCUAGUGAACGAGUUUCUGAUGGAUCUUCCACUAUUGUCUCCUCCAUCGAUGCACCAAUCGAUUUGGAAGCGGGAGAUGAUGAUAGCAAGCCGUUCACUCCUUACGGGGAGCUGCACAGACGUCUCAAAGAGAAUGUGGAUAGAAAAGUUCAUAUUCACACUCAGCCAUCAGAGGAUUCUUCCAGUGUAAAGUCCUUCAAACCUGUGAUUGAUCGUUCAACCAAACCCCAGCCGACGCCUCAGCCGUUCGAACCUCCUGAACCUAAAGAAGAGAAGCCUAAGGUGCCUGAAGUGAACCGACUCGAUAAACCCCAAAUCACAACUCAGAAUGGAGAUCAUAGCAAGAAUCCGACCGCCUAUAUCCGGCCAAGAAGACCCCAGCUCAAGCAGGUUCCACCCAUUACGCUAGAACGAGGCCUAGUGAAUAUGGGUAACACUUGCUACAUGAAUAGCUCUCUCCAGUGUCUUCUUCACACUCCCGGAUUGUGGAACUACUUCAUCCAACCAGACGAUGCAAUACUGGGCAAUCAACUAGUUGGACAAUUUGUCUCCUUUGUUCGGGCUAUGAGUAAUAGAGGGGAAUGUGCUACAGCCUUUUCGCCUAGAGAAUUAAAGUCGUGCUUUGAAUUGAUGCACCCGAUGUUUGCAGGCGCUCGACAGCAGGACAGUCAGGAGUUUCUCGUUAUUUUAUUAGAUUCUCUUCACGAAGCAUUGAAGGUGAGUCAUUGUUCUCAGUUUACUUUUCUUUUUAAGUUGAGUAUUCAUGAAAAUAAGACUACUAGUAGAUAUGAAGAAACCUUGCUGGCCUCUCCUCACAACCACCAUAGACGGAAUGCUGAAAAUAGGGCAUAA